CAUUUGCUCAAGAUUUGUUCAACGGAUAUUUGGAAAUCUUCCGAAUUUCAUUCACAUGCCAUUAAAGUUUUCUGAAGGGCAACCAAUUGGGGGAUCUGAUUUGAUCUGAUCGGAGUUUAUCAUGUUGAAUACUGCAAGGUCCAUGAGCACUGAGAUGGGGAAAAGUCCAAUACUGUCUGUACAGCCCAGUCGAGGUCUGGUGGACGAGAUGUUUCAGAUUGUCAUAAUGAAUUUAUUGCCAAAUCAGGAGGUGACGCUGCACUCUUUACAUCAGUCAGAGGAUAAGGAUUUCUGGGAGGCGUUUGGACACUACAUCAGUGAUGAACAUGGAACAGUGACAGUGUCCAAAGAUGAGAGUUUGGGAGGAACUUAUGAAGGGACAGAGCCGAUGGGGUUGCUGUGGAGCAUGAGGCCUGUACCAGGAAGUCGAAGUGGACUCAGGUUGCGCAAGAGGGAUGUGAUUUUACCAAUGGUGGUUCACAUUUCCUUAUACAGUGGUCAUUUAUCUGAAGGCUUCAGCCAGCAAACAGCUUUGGCAACCAGUGUCACAGAACGCUGGUAUAUAGCACCAGGUGUGCAGAGGGUGGAUGUUAGAGAAAGAGGAGUUCGAGGAACAUUAUUUCUUCCUCCUGGCCCAGGACCUUACCCAGGAGUGCUGGACCUGUGGGGUGGAGGUGGUGGUUUAGUUGAGUAUCGCUCAGCCCUGCUUGCAUCUCAUGGUUUUGCCUCAAUGGCACUAGAGUACCUGAAUCCCACUGAGCAGAGAACAGCAGAUAUUGAUGCCUCUUAUUUUGAGGAAGCCUAUAAGAUCCUUCACAAUCAUCCAAAAGUACAAAGGGGUCCAAUGGCUAUGCUUGGAUUAUCAUUUGGAGGUGCAGUUACACUCAGCAUGGCAGCCUACUCCAAAAUCAUCAAGCCCCAGUGCUGUGUGUGCAUUAGUUCGAGUCAUGUGGUUCCUGUUGAAAAAUCUCUCUUUGACAUAUUUGAGGAGAUGAAAAAGAAUGUGCAUAAGAUACGUGUGAAUGAUGAUAACCAGAUAAUCCACAGAGACCUUAUCCUACCGAUUCCGUCAGACCUGACUCUCAAAGUGGAUGUCGGGAAAAUAAAGUGUCCGCUCCUGUUAGUGAAUGGUGGUGAUGAUGAGAACUGGCCUUCUGUUGAAUCUGCCGAAGAUAUGAAAGAGAUUAUGAAGAAAGCAGGAAAUCUUCACUUGUUGGAAGUCUUGACCUAUCCUGGUGCGGGUCAUCUGAUUGAACCUCCUUAUACACCUCACUUCCGUGCAAGCAACUUUAUCAUUCACGGCGGUGACAAAAUUGUGAUGCUAUGGGGUGGACAGACCAAACCGCACGCUAACGCACAAGAGGAUGCAUGGAAAAAGAUUUUGGCAUUUCUGCAGAAGCACCUCUAUUUAAGUUUAAAUGGUGCAGUUAAAGCCAGACUUUAGAUGUUUCAUUACAACACUGAUAAAAAUCUCCAAUGGACAGUAAUUUUAAAUGAUUUCGAGCACUUUAAUUUUGAGAAAAAUAUGUUAUUAUUAGCGCUGUUCAAUAUUAACAUAUUUAUGUGCAAAGCAAAUUAUUUUAUUUACAGUUGUCAAUGCAUUUAAAAUUAUUUUUGAGCUAACUGGAAUUGAUUGGAGCUGCAUCAUGCGCACACACACACAUACAUAUAUACAUGCAAACAUACUA